CGCGCGCUGGGCAGCUCUAACAGACGGUAGCAUCGCCUCCAGCGAACUGGUCAGACGCGAAGAACAUGUGGCUCCUGCUGGCACUCGUCGUGCUCCUCGUGGUCCUCGGCCUGGAGAUGCGGCGAUUCGUGCGGAACAUGCGGACAGUUCCGGCUCCCCUGCCCCUGCCUCUGCUGGGCAACGCCCAUCUCUUCUGGGGCCUCGAGCCGGCCGAGGCGUUCCUGAAGAUUGGCGAGCUGGCGCAGAAGCACGGCGACACCUUCGGCCUCUUCCUGGGCCCCUCCUACAGCGUGAUGCUCUUCGAUCCGCGCGACGUGGAACGCGUUUUGAGUAGCACCCAUCUGCUGACCAAGUCGCAGGAGUACUCCUUCCUGGCGGGCUGGCUGAACGAGGGCUUGCUGGUCAGCAGCGGACGCAAGUGGCAUCGCCGGCGCAAGAUCAUCACGCCGGCCUUCCACUUCCGCAUCCUGGAGCCCUACGUGGAGAUCUUCGACAGGCAGUCCAGGCGUCUCGUCGAUCAGCUCCGGCUGAGGAGCAGCAGUGGCCAGGAGCGGAUCAACCUGGGCGAGGCCAUUCACCUCUGCACGCUGGACGCCAUUUGCGAAACCGCCAUGGGUGUGUCCAUCAACGCCCAGUCCAAUGCUGAUUCCGAGUACGUCCAAGCGGUGAAGACUAUCUCAAUGGUGCUGCACAAGCGGAUGUUCAACAUCCUGUACCGAUUCGACCUCACCUACAUGCUGACCCCGCUGGCGAGGGCCGAAAAGAAGGCCCUGGAUGUGCUCCACCAGUUCACCGAGAAGAUCAUCGUGCAGCGCCGAGAGGAGAUCAUCCGCGGUGGCAACGAAACCGGAAACGGAAACAGUGAAGACGCCGAUGUGGGCGCCAAGCGAAAGAUGGCCUUCCUGGACAUUCUGCUGCAGUCGACGAUCGAUGAGCGGCCCUUGAGCAAUCUGGAUAUCCGCGAGGAGGUCGACACCUUCAUGUUCGAGGGCCACGACACCACCUCGUCGGCCCUGAUGUUCUUCUUCUACAACAUAGCCACCCACCCGGAGGCGCAGAGGAAGUGCUUCGAGGAGAUCCGAUCGGUGGUGGGCCAGGACAAGAGCACGCCGGUCACCUACGACCUGCUUAACCAGCUGUCCUACGUCGACCUGUGCAUCAAGGAGACCCUCAGGAUGUAUCCCUCGGUUCCGCUGCUGGGCCGCAAGGUGCUGGAGGAUUGCGAGAUAAAUGGGAAACUCAUACCAGCGGGCACAAACAUAGGCAUAUCGCCUCUCUAUCUGGGCAGGAGGGAGGAGCUCUUCAGCGAGCCCAACAGCUUCAAGCCGGAGCGGUUCGAUGUGGUCACCACCGCCGAGAAGCUCAACCCUUACGCGUACAUCCCCUUUUCGGCGGGCCCCCGCAACUGCAUUGGCCAGAAGUUCGCCAUGCUGGAGAUCAAGGCCAUCGUGGCCAAUGUCCUGAGGCACUACGAGGUGCACUUUGUGGGCGACAUUUCGGAACCGCCCGUCCUGAUUGCCGAGCUCAUCCUGCGCACCAAGGACCCGUUGAUGUUCAAGGUGCGGGAGCGAGUCUACUGAAACUCAAACUCACAUGCUGUUCCUUUCCACUUGUAAAUAAAAUGAAAACCAAAUGCA